AUGAUCGAAGACGACAUCUACAGAGCCUCAACACAAUACCGUUAUUGGUCAUACACCAAAGAAUCUUUGGCUCGGAUAAGGGAAGAGACCAACAAACUUGCCUCUCAGAGGGUGAAAGCUGCGUUUCGACGCGUACAUGCCGCUAACAGAUCAUCUCAAAAUGGAGACAAUCAAAACGGUGGUAUUGAGAACAGCGAUGGACCCGAUGCUGCCCCCGUCGAGAUCGAGACUUUGACGGUACAUGAGGAGUUGAAGAUUGUGGAAUGGCACUGUUCUAAAAUCAUGGAUAUGGGUGAAGCCAUGAAUCCAAGGAUACCUUCGCAUAUAGUGGCCACGGCAAUCCAAUAUCUCCGCCGUUUCUACCUCACCAACUCUCCGAUGACUUACCACCCAAAACAAAUCAUGAUGUGCGCGCUAUAUCUCGCCACCAAGGCUGACCACUUCUACAUCUCCCUCUCACGCUUUGUCGCUGAAUUCGACAAUGUCAGCGAAGACGAUGUAAAAGCCCCCGAAUUCUUACUCUUGCAAGGCUUAAGGUUUACGUUGGACGUACGGCAUCCAAUGAAGGGUCUUCAGGGAGGACAUGUGGAAAUGAACGUUUUAGCAGAGGAAGGUCGGUUAGGAAGCAGCAUCACCAAGGCCAAUGGGAGUGACAAAAGGGUCGGCAUCGCCGCGGACAGAGCGAAGAAACUCCUCGCUACAGCGGCCCAAAUGACAGACGCCUAUUUCCUGUAUACACCCAGCCAGAUCUGGCUCGCUGCUGUCAUGGUCGCUGAUCGAGAGCUCGUGGAGGCGUAUGUCAGUGCGAAACUCGACGCACUGCCACUGGCGGCGAACGACGCGGAAGCAGCUGCCGCGAAUUUUAAAAAGAAGUUGAUGGCUACGCUCUCCUCUUGCGCCGCCCUUCUCGAGUCUCAUCGAAGUCCCGAAGACGACGCCGCACAGCGCAAGGAGAUGAGGCGAAUCGGCAAGAAAUUGACGGUAUGUCAAAACCCGGAGAAAAUGGACAUCGUGGCGGUAGCGAGGGCCAAGGCAGCGGAGAAGAGGGAAGGCGGUGAGGGAUCAGAUGCAGAAAAAGCGCUCAAGAAGCGCAAGUUGGAGAGGGAAAGGCUGGAAAGGGAUGGAGAUGUGUUUGGGCCGGAAUUAAGGGAUGUUAAGACUUGA